AUGGAGGGUAUUUUGUUAAAAUGGACAAAUUAUGUUAGUGGUUGGCAACAACGAUAUUUCAUUUUGGACGAUGGAGUUCUGUCGUACUAUCGAUCCAAAGAAGAAAUGAAUAGUGGAUGUAAAGGAUCGGUCAAACUAUCUGUGUGUGAUGUUAUAGUUCAUAGUUCUGAUCCACGAAGAUUUGAUUUGAUCCUUGGUGAACAAAGAUAUUAUUUGCGUGCUUUAUCGCGGGCAGAUCGACAGAGAUGGGUUAUAGCACUUGGUAGUUCAAAAGUAGGCACUGCACAAUUAAAGUCAGAAGACGUAAAUAUAUAUGAACCUUCACAGACCCAAUUAAUCGACAAUCAUCGUUCUGAAUUGCGUCUUUAUCAUAACUUAAUGGUACAACAAGUCAAAGAGAUUCAAAGUGAACUAAAAGAAGGUACGGUCCCAGAUAUGAAUCGUAUUGAUGAAUUAACUGGUAUGUUAAACGCAUCUUGCUCCACAUUUUUAAUAACUUUGGAUGAAUUAAUGAUUUUAAGUAAUGCACAAGCUCCAUGGUUAAGUUCCAUUGUAACAGGAACAACAUUGGAAACAAGUCCUACUAUAUUUCGAAAUACACCAUGUCUUACCAAUACAGAUCCUUCUAAUAUACAUUCACCAAAUAUGAGUAAUAAUCUUUGUUCUUCAUUGACAAAUGAUCCUAUCUUUCGAAAUUCACAUGCACAAUCAUCAUUGAAUCGCCGUCACUUCAAUGCUACACGAAAAUAUCAAACUUUUUUCUCUACUUUAGAAUAUAGUUUUGAAGAGAUUAAACCAUCUAUACCUAUUCAACCAAUUCCAGAUAAUGAUAAUGAAAUAAAACUACCUGGUGAUUAUUUAUCAGCAUUAGAAUUUGUUAAAGCAUCUAAAUGUUUAUUGCAUUUUCUUGAUCGAUUAAAUAAUAAUACUAAUAAUCAAACUAAUUGUAAAUUAUCAACUACUUCACGUACUUUUAUUGCAUUACAACAAAUUCAUCAUCGUUUAUUAACUUAUUUAAAUUGUAUUGAAUUACAUGUUGAAAUGCAUACUUCCACAACAAUUAUUAUUAAUGAUCAUCAUAAUCAUACUACUGAUAUGAAUACUACUGUUAUCGGUGGAACAGAUGAAAACUUAUCAAUUGACAAUAAACAGAAUCAUCAUGAUACAAAUGUAGACAAUCAUUGUAAUAUUUUAUUUAAAAAAGCUCAACUCAGCUUAGGUUAUCUUUUACGAUAUGAAGUGAAACAUAAAGAAUCUAUUCAAGAAAAUAAUAAUUCAGUUUAUAUGGCUAUUCUGUGGUUAUGUAGAUGGUUGAAUUUUGUCAGAGAAUUCAUUCAUCAUUUAUUCUGUUCACCGGAUCCAUCUUCACUUAUUAAUAAUACAUUGAAUUCUGACACAAGCCUUGUUACCAUUGCAAAUGAAGCGUAUACACGAUGUUUACGACCUUUUCAUUCAUGGUCGGUACGAGGUAUGGCUAUGGUUAUUAUACAAUCACUUCCUUCACGUUUAUACUUAUUUGAAUUAUUACUAAUGGAUAAUCCAGAAACAAUACCAUCGACAAUCACUUCACCGACUGGAUUACCUCUUGGGUCUUUCAAUGAAACUAAAUCAUUAUUAAUACGUUAUCCAGAGGCAUAUAUUCAAUUAAAAUCAGAUGCUACACGUUAUUCCGAAGCAUUAGGUCGUUUUUUAACAUUAAUUGAAGGUCUUUUAGCCAGUUUAGAUUUAAAUCGUAUAUUUACUGGGUCAGAAAGUUAUUAA